AUGGCUGCCCGGCCGCCGCUUCCGCGCCGCCCGCGGGACUCGCAGCCCCGCCGGACGGCGGAAACGACCCCAGGGACCCCCGCCCGGACCAAGGGCCCCAGGGACACCCCCCCCGACCCCAGGGACACGCCCCCCGACCCCAGGGACACGCCCCCCGACCCCAGGGACCCCCGCCCGGACCAAGGACCCCAGGGACCCACCCCCCCAACCCCAGGGACCCCCUCCCGGACCAAGGACACCAGGGACCCCCGCCCGGACCAGGGGCCCCAGGGACACCCCCCGACCCCAGGGAUCCCCGCCCGGACCAAGGACCCCAGGGACCCCCGCCCGGACCAAGGACCCCAGGGUCCCCCGCUCGGACCAAGGACCCCAGGGACCCCCGCCCGGACCGAGGGCCCCAGGGACACCCCCCCGACCCCGGGGACCCCCGCCCGGACCAAGGACCCCAGGGACUCCCGCUCGGACCAAGGACCCCAGGGACCCCCCCCCGACCCCAGGGACCCCCUCCCGGACCAAGGACACCAGGGACCCACCCCCCGACCCCAGGGACCCUCGCCCGGAACACAGACUCCAGGGACCCCCGCCCGGACCGAGGACCCCCGCCCAGACCACGGACCCCAGGGGCCCCUCCCUGCCUGGACCCCGGGACCCCUCCUGACCCCGGACCCCCACCCAGACCACGGACACCAGGGACCCCUGCCCAGACCACAGACCCCGCCCGGAUCCCCGGGACCCCUGCCUGGCUGCAGGACCCCCACCCAGACGUGGACCCAACCCAGACCUUGGACUCCUGCCCGGGACCCCCAAUCCGGCCCUCUGACCACAAGAGCCCCCGUGGACCUCAGACCCUCCAUUGAGACCGUGGACCCCCGCUAG